AUGAUGAAACUUCCAGAUGUCAGAGCAGCCGACCUAGUGAUGGAAAAGACUGAUCGCCUCUUGCUCGGCGCCUCUCUAACGAUUAUCUCACUAUCCUUUCUGAUUAUAUACAUACCAGUUCUGGUGGUUUUCUUUGCCAACAAGGAGUUCCGCCGUGCUUGGGGAUAUGUUAUCAUGAUGCAUAUCGGAGUAACUGACGUUAUGCAGUUGAUGAUCCAUGCAUACUCUGGAGUGCUGGUCGCCACUGACAUUAAUCUUGACAUGCACACCGAGAAGGUAUGGUAG